AAAUAUAUAAGAUGUCUGAUGAAGACGAUUCGCCUGUUAAAAAUGAACCAGUUGAGUAUUCUAUAGAAGAAAAUGAAGUUGAUGAAGAAGAUACAAACAAUGAUGAAGAUACACAAUUAGAAGUCGAUCAAGCAGCAAUUAGACCAUCAGUAUUCAUUCUAGAAUACGAAAUCAAAGAAACCAUUGAUGAUAAAACCCAAAGCAUAAAAAAAUCAUUCAAAUGCAGCACCUGCCUAAAAGAAUUCAAACGCUUCUACAACCUAUCCCAACACAUGUCAAUUCACAAAGCAGGCGAAUUAUUAAAAUGUCCAUUCUGCAGCAAAUCAUUCACCAUGCUAAGUCGGUUAAUAAGACACCGUUUAACCCACACAGGUGAAAGACGUUACAUUUGCACAACCUGCAAUAAAGCUUUUGUAGACUCCAGCAAUUUAGCCAAACAUGCACGGAUACACACAGGUGAACGACCUUUUAAAUGCCAGAAUUGUCCUAAAGCCUUCACAGAUUCCAGUAGCUUAGUUUCUCAUAUAAGAACGCACACAGGGGAACGACCGUACGUAUGUGAAAUAUGUAAGAAGUCUUUUAAUCAGUCCAGUCAUUUGACCAGGCAUAAAAGGACACAUGCGGCUGGGAAUAUGUUUGAGUGCUCAUAUUGUAAUGCUACGUUUUCACAACCGGGGUAUUUAUUGAGGCACAUUCAGACACAUUCGGGGACAAAUCAAGUCCGGUCCUUUAGUUUAAAUGGGGACCAAGGGGUAAAUGAAAGCGGGCCCCUUGGUUUUCUUGGGGUCAGGGGCAAGAGAAUGGUGGAGGGGUGA